UUUGGGGAGGGACAAAAUGCGAGGGAACAGGAGGACUGAGCAGAAAACAGUCCACAUGGAAAGGGAAUUUGGAAUAGUUGAAUGAAUGGCAUAUGGGCAAGUUUGAAAGUUGACAGACGAAUUGAGCAAUGCGUGUUCUGCAAGUUAUUCUUUUAAAAUAUUGAUUUAGUUGGUUUUAGGGUAACGUAUCAUGAUGUAACGUGGCUAGCCAGCUACAGUAGUUUGAAGACUUUGAACAGAACACGAUACAGUGGGACAGUGAGCGCUUUAGCUCGCAACACCUCAGUGAACUGCCAGCUUUGCUUAGACUAGCAAGAACACUUCUCUUUCAGUUUAUCUUUACUCUUCUUUACGCUGUCGUCGAAUUUGUCUUACAUUUCACAGAUAAGCUUGUUGCUAACGGUUUGAUACCUGUCAAGUUUAACUUGUGGUUGUUGGACAUGGUUUUCACAGCUAGCUAGCUAAAGUUAGUCAGCCAUCAUUAAUUUGUAUUUUUCAACGUUGGACGGACUGAAUGUUCACCUUUGGGAUACUUAACGUUACUGACAGUAAACAGCAACAAGACAACAUCAACGUUGUAUUUUAAACACGAGACAACAUGCAAAAGUUCAACUCGACACACACUAGUACUCUUCCUCGGGACGCUGAGCUUCAGCAGCGUUUAUCCGACAACGGGGGAACCGGGGAGGCGAUGAAGGAAAACGGCUCUGGGAAGAAUCACAUCCUUGCAGAACCUGCAGACAGUUCACUCUGUACUAAGAGAAAGAUGCUGGUCGGCUUGGAUGUUUUCUGUCUGUUUGUAGCCUCCAUCCCGUUCUUUGCGUGUGAGUUGAAGGCGGUGACUCCGUACCGGAGGGGUUUCUUCUGUGGGGACCAGAGCAUCACCUACCCCUACCUAGAGAGAGAGGCCAUCCCUGACGCACUGCUCAUCGCUGGGGGCAUCGUCAUCACUGGCCUCACGAUUGCGCUGGGCGAGUGUUACCGGGUUCGAUUCCGUGAGGUGCAAUCACGGGCCUUCGUGCGCAACCUCUACGUGUCCUGCCUCUAUAAGGAGCUGGGAAGCUUCCUGUUCGGCUGCUGCGUGGGCCAAUCAUUGACCAACAUGGCCAAGCUGAGUGUGGGGCGCCUGCGACCUAACUUCCUGUCGGUGUGCAACGUGACAUACGCCUCGCUCAACUGCGUCCCCGGCUCCUACGUGGCCCAGGUCACCUGCAGGCAGCCCAAACACAAGAUGGUGGAGGAGGCCAGGAAGUCCUUUUUCUCUGGCCAUUCCUCUUUUGCCAUGUACACCAUGCUCUACCUGGCGUUCUACCUGCAGGCGCGGUUGUCAUGGCGAGGGGCUCGUCUGCUGCGCCCGCUGCUACAGUUCCUGCUGGUGAUGAUAGCCGUGUACACCGGGCUGAGCCGCAUCUCUGACUACCGCCACCACCCCACCGACGUGAUCACCGGCUUCAUCCAGGGAGGCCUCACCGCCUACUGGGUGGCCUUCUAUAUUUCCUCCAUGUUUAAGAACAACAGUCCAGAACUGUCUCCCACCAGCAUGUCUCUGGAGAGCCCCCUGUCCAGCCAACAGACCGUCUGCUAGCACCACCUGCCCCAACACACACCUCCUCACCUAUCUGGACAGAUGGGAGAAAAGACAGAAAGAGAGAGAGGGGAGAGACAGUCAGAUAGCAGAGGUGAGCAGCACAUGGAGGGACAGGGAGGGAGACAAGGUGUGUGAAAAGGAAGGGGGAUGAGAUAAGAGGUAGAGCAGGUAAAGAGCGUUCUAGCAAGUACACACAUGUUCUGAUGAAUACGUCAAGACACGCACGCACACGUAGUGCCACCUCUCUCUCUCUCACUAACACACACUACCAUCUAACACACACACAAAUCACUGUAGAGUAUAACCCGUCCACAUGGAGAUAUGCAUAGUAAUUUUACAGAUAUUUUGUAUAUGAAAAACAACAAAUGUUUCUAUUUUUCAAAUGAGAGUCGUAGAUGAAGCUGCUAAUGAUAAUGAUUUUUUUCCUGUUCUUUUAUAGUGAUGGUGGUUAGUGGGCAGUGCAUUAGGUUAGCUCUCACAAACACACGGUCAGUCAGUGUCUCUAAAUUAUCUUCAUUG